AACCAAAGCGCGGGUCGAGAAGAUGCAAUUGCACAGUGUCAGCGAUGUGCGAAGCGUCGCCGGCUUGAUGAAGCAGCUGCAACCCGUUGUCGAAAAAAUUGAAUAUUACAAAACGUUACCGCCUGACCAGCAAACGAGGAAUAUUGGCAGCAUUGAAGACAAUCCUGAGUACAAGCUUCUAACCCAGUCGAAUACACUGUCUACGAAUAUUGACGGUGAGAUCAUCCUGGUGCACAAAUUCAUCCGAGACCACUACUCCGUACGGUUUCCGGAGCUGGAGACACUCAUUCAGAACCCGCUUGAGUAUGCGAAGACGGUGGCCAUUAUCGGCAAUGGUCCAAUGGAGAACAUUCGUGAGAUUAGUGAAAGUAAGGCGAACAUGGUUGGCCAGUCACUACGCCAGAUCCUGGAUGGACCUUCGCUUAUGGUAGUCACGGUCGAAGCCACAACUACACGUGGCGAGCCACUAUCAGAUUCUGAGCUGACCACCAUUCGACGUGCUUGCGAAAUGACAUUACAACUUGACCGUGCCAAGAAGAUCUUGACGGAGUACGUGCAGUCACGCAUGUCCAUGUUCGCACCGAACCUCACUACGCUCAUUGGCUCGCUUACCGCUGCGCAACUGCUUAACUACGCUGGCGGUAUCACCGGCUUAGCGAAGACGCCUGCUUGCAAUAUCCCGCCUCUUGGUAGCAAAAAAAACACAGCUGCUACUGGACUGGCUACAAACAUCGGUAUCCGCCAUCAAGGCUUCCUCUACAACAACGACAUCAUACGCGAGGUCCCGACCGAUCUGAAAGUACAAGCCAUGCGCAUACUCUCCGCGAAAGUCAUCCUUGCCGCUCGCGUGGAUCAGGCGCAUGAAGCACAGGCUGGUGAGCAAGGACUUGAGUUCUACGACCAGGUUCAGAAGCGUAUCAACAAGCUAUCUGAAGCUCCACCGAACAAAGGUGUUCGCGCGUUGCCAGCACCUGACGACAAGCCAGCUCGCAAGCGCGGCGGCAGGAGAGCACGUAAGGCAAAGGAGGCGACUGCUAUGACGGACCUUCGGAAAGCCCAGAAUCGUAUGGCUUUCGGGAAGGAAGAAGCCGAAGUCGGUUAUGGGACUGGCGACGGCACGAAGGGCCUCGGAAUGAUCGGCGCGCAAGAUGAUGGUCGCAUUCGCGCACAGCAGAUUGACCAGCGCACGCGUGCCAAGCUGUCAAAGAAGAAUCCAGGCUGGGGUGGCACCUCCACACAAGUCGGCGGUACAUCGACCUCUCUACGUGGCUUCGGCGCUGGGUUUGGCGGUACAGCUUCGACGCUUAAGGCUGCUGGACUGCGCGCAUCGGGCGUGGGUAGUGGGCUCAAGACUCAGACUGGUAAUACUGGCGGCACGACCUCGACUAUCGCUUUCACUCCGGUGCAAGGACUCGAACUUAUCGAUCCGAAAGUGCGUGAGGAGCGGGAGCGGAAGAGGAAGGCGGAAGAGGAUCGGUGGUUCAAGGGUGGCACGUUCACGCAGAUUGGCGGCGGUGCGCAGACGAACGGGAGUGCAGCGCAGCCGGGAAAGGUUGACGCAGCGGGCUUUAAAGUUCCCGCCCUCCCUGUAGCGAAAAGGCAGAAGGCGGAUGGGUGAAAACAGCGGCAACGUUGAGCUUUGUCAACCAACGUGCUGAGGCGAGCGAUGCAGGAUAAUGAACAUCAGGCGGCUACGGGUGACUGCGUCGUACCGUCCGCGGCGUCAGAGAGCUAUUCAGGAAGGAGAUCGAGUCUUCAUUCCCCCCCGCGAAUGAGCGCUAGCACUGCGGGAACAACUGUCAAUACUACUGAAGCGAUAGAUACUGUCAUAACCCCAUUGACCGCUCUCGGAGCCCCU